GUUUGUUUCUUUUUCUCUGUGAUGUGAUUUUUCGAGUCGAUUAUUGCGGAAAUCGUGGGUUGUCGUAAUAAUAAUAAUAAUAAUAAUAAUGAGUGGAAAUGGCAGCAGCACUGAGUGGCAAAGCAUAGUCAUGAGCAUGGGCUUUUUAAUUGACGGCCUGAUCAAAGAAGUGGCUUUGUGUCACGAGCGUGACGAAUAUGCGCAACUCAUUUUGGGAAAUGCCUUGAGACAGCAGAUGAAGAAAGUAUUGCCUUUGGAAGCCGGUGGGAUCUUUGACUGUUUGGACAAAGUUUGCGGAUCUUACGCUUCGCACUAUGUGCAAAAUUUGCACAAAAUUAUUCUGCGAGUGCGGAGUGAAGUCCGGGAAGUGACUAAUGUCAAGACGAGUGCCAUUUGUGAAGACAAUUCUGCCGAGACUGCUGAAGACUCUACGAAUAGUUGGACUGAUGCAGACUUUGCACUUCACUCUGGGCGCUUUUUGAGGGAUUAUCACGUCCUCAGUUGCUUGGGUGAAGGUGCAUAUGGUCAGGUGUUCAAAGUGAGGCAUUUAUUGGAUGGUGCAAUGUAUGCUGUCAAGAAGGUCAUGUUCAGAUAUCACGCUGCUUCUGCCCUGGAGAGAGUGCAACGGGAAGCUAGGAUUUUGGCUCGUCUGAAGCAUGAAAAUAUUGUCAGAUACCACGUUUCUUGGCUGGAAGAACCUCCAGUUCUUGAGCGAGAAGCUUUCGUCAAACGCGAGGGGUGCGAAGACCAAGUGAACCACUUUGAUUCUGUGGGAGAAAGAAGCUCUUCUGACGCGUCCUCGCCUGAAUCCAGUGAUGCUGUCGAAGCCGUUUUCUCGGAAGCAGUGGACAGGACGGAAAGCCUGCUGAGCAACGGGAAAGCAGAGACGAGCCCGCAAAUCCUGUGCCUGUUUAUGCAAAUGGAGAUUUGCUCGAGUACCUUGGCGGCGUAUUUGCAAGAACGGGAUCGUUGCGGACAGGCCGUGGACUUGAAAUUCAACGCGAACGUCAUUAAACAAGCUGCGUCUGGACUGGCUUCAUUCCACGGCUUGGGACUGGUGCAUCGCGACGUUAAGCCAAGCAAUAUUUUCAUGGUUGGAGACGUGGUGAAAAUCGGGGAUUUCGGAGUCGCCAAGGAGCUGGGAACGAGUUUCGGGAAAGAAGCCGGUUGUUCUUUGGUCUCUCUCAAGAAGAUCAAGUUGUUGGACCUGAGCAGCGAUGAAGAAGAAGAAGAAGACGGAGAAGAGAACAAGGACGGUUUCGUCAGAGGUUCUGAAGCAGCAGUGAAUUCCGGAGACGCCGGAACCCCUGUUUAUGCGGACCCUGAGCAGCUCAAGGGAAAAUCCUGUUCAGCAAAGUCUGACAUCUACAGCUUGGGACUCGUCACACUCGAAAUGUAUCUUCCGUGUGCCACACAAAUGGAAAAGGCCAAAGUGUUCGAGCAAUUGAGACUUUCGAGAUCCUUUCCGCAACGUGCCAAGUUUCCCGAAGGCGUUGGGGACUCGAUUCUCAAGAUGACGGACAAGCACUCAAAAAUGCGCCCGAGUGCCAGAGAAGUUGAGGACAUGUUCAGCAGCGAGUCUCUGCUCUCGUUGCGUUCUUCCGGCUCUUCCCGUUGUUCGUCCAUAUCCAGCAAAUUUUAAACUUUUUUUUUAAAUUUGCAAUUAUAAAAGAAGGAUCUUCAAUCUCGAGGUGGUUUCCAGAAUGAAAAUUCGAUCCUCAUCACCUAAACGACGACGAUCAUCAAAACUCUUGUUCUUGUCGUCAAAGUUCAGUAUCAAAAAUGGUGAGGAGCUCAGGUUUAGUGUCAAAAAAAAAAAAAGCGAUGUGCUGGAAACUUGAGAGAAUUAUCAAAAACAAAUGCAUCAAUAGGAUUAAAAUUCAAAGUCGAAAGUGUGAAUUAUUUGCAACGAAGAGCCGCCUUGUGAUGCCGUGUUGGAUCUCUGAUUGAUUGAUUGAUUGAUUGUGUUUUCCUGCUUGUGCAAGAGAAUUCGUGUUCCAUUUUAUCAAGGAUCUCUCAAGACAUUUGAAAGACGGAAAUUGUUCAGUAUGGUCAUGUUGCAAGAACAAAAAAAUGAGAACUCAAAGAAAAAAAGAGAGAGAGACGGAGAAAUCUCUGUGAAAGUUUGGGCGAAAUUAUCCCAGUUCGCGAUCUUGAAAAAGUCAAGUGUGGUGAAAGUAUGGCUUUGUUUAUGUUCUUGGAAACGCGAAGCUGCUUUUUUGAAGAAAAA